AUGAUCAGAGGGCUGUGUUUACAUGGAAGAACAGAGAAAGCUCAUGUGUUGUUUGAAGAAAUGGCUGAGAAGGGAAUUGCUCGUGAUAUUAUCACGUACAAUUCUUUGAUUCAGGGUUUCUACAAGGAAGGGAAAAUAGAUGGAAGUAUAAAUCUUUUGGCUAAACUUUUGGAGAUGGGUUUGCAGCCUUCAGCUGCCACGUAUACUGCCCCCAUAGGAAAACUUUGUGAGAUGGGUGAUGUGGAUGAAGCAAAAGAGUUGUGGGAGGAUAUGCAGAAAAGGGGUGUGGAACCAGCAGUAUGUACCCGUAAUUUCACCAUAACUGGAUUGAGCAAUAAAGGGUAUGGAGCCGAGGGGAUGGAAUGGUUGGCUGCAAUGUUGAGACGUAACCUCAAACCGCAAAAGCAAACUUUUGAGAGACUAAUUCAAUGUCUAUCACAAGGAGAUAAGCUGGAUGAGGCUAUACUUAAUUCCGACCAUGUUGAGACAUGUCUAGGUGGUAUUCUGCAGAAUGAUACUGCAGCAUUUGAGCAAAACAAUGUGCUUCUUUCUCUCCGUUUCUAUCUUUGGCUAAGCUCUCAACGUAGCUUUGUACCGGAUAAAUUGGCGUGUGAUGUGAUUUCUGAUGGUGUUGUAGAAGCUAAAGCUGCCAAUGCUGCGAAAUCGUUUUGGACUUCUGUAGAUUUUACUCCUCAACCUGGUUCUUUAAAGGCUUAUGUUAGAUGUCUGUGUGAAAAUGGGUCAAUUGAGAAAGCACUAGAGGUGUUUGAUGAAUUGCAAAAGCUAGGUAUUUGCCUGUUGUUAGAACAUGGAAUUCGGCUUUGUUGGGUUCGGUUAGAGCUAGGCGAACCGAUGUUGUUUGGAAGUUGUAUGAAGAAAUGA